GAGACUGUAAUUACGAACAAAAACCGAACACCGAAGAGCUGCAGCUUCCACGUUUCCUUUCAUGCACCAGAGUCACAACUGAAACCAGAACUUCCCCUGUAGGUGACUCACUGUACCACCACCGCUUCCAUUCACUCCACGCCACCUCGGCCCUCCGUACACGUCAUGUACUCCCCCACGUGUGCAUGUUCACUGACCUCUUGGAAGCAACACCAAAAGCUGUUCUGGACUUGAUGGAUAUAGGUGGACUCAGUCUUUUCCAUGUUAAGAGUCACCUGCAAAAGUAUAGACUGGGCAAAUUUUCAGUGAAGGAGUGGCAGGACACAGCCAAAAACGUUUCUCAAGUUGUGGGAGGUUCACGCAGUGUUAAUUCUUUGAACUCAGUACCAUCCCGCACUAAUGCAUAUAACAGGGAUCAUAAAGCUAAAAGAAGUCCAAAACCGCAAAAGGAAAUUCAUGGAAAACUGUAUCUGCAGAUUGAGGCUGAGAAGCAUAUUCAGAGGUGUCUGGAUGCACAAAGGAGGUACCUGGACUCUGCACUGGACCGCACAUGCAAGAAGCUUGCUGAUCAAUAUUUACGCGAUGCAGCCAAGGAAAAUGCAAUUCUGUAUGGGCAAGCCUCUACUAAUUUAGGAACUUUCACAACAUUAUCUGGCCCAUCUGAUUUAGGAACCAUGGCCACAAUGCCGCAGUUUUAUUUCAACCAGCAGAAUGCAUAUCCUACAUAUGACACACUGCCAACCCAAGCCAAUCUAGGCCUUAAAGAGGUACCUUUUCGUUAUCAGCCCCAAACCCCUCUAUACCCUGCACCUGAAGACUUCUCAUCAACUUCAUACGGUUAUUCUGCAAGUUCAUAUCAAGAAACUUUGCCAGCACUUUCUGGCAAUGGGAAGAAAAGGGUCCAGCCUGUUGAUGAGGACCCGAUAGAAGCCUUUUUGAAUUGGGAUGAUAAUGAACCAAAGAUCGUGGAUGCUGGCUUUGGCUGUAACUACGGUAUGUUUCAAGGGUUUCCUGGCACCUUUUAAGUAAAACUAUGUAAAGACCAAAGCUACUUUGAGUUUUAAGUUUCAAGACUUUCCAUCCUUGCAUAAGACUAGUAUUUCUGUAACUCUUCCUGUGUGUCGGCAAAU